AUGGAGGCUGAAGACAAACCGUACAAUGACUACUUCAUGGAGCUUGAAAAUGGAAAAAAGAGGAUUGGACCACCGACUACAAGAGAUUGGGAAGAAGCUGAGAGGUUGGUACACUUUCUUGUCAUCUUUUACAAUUCAACUCUGAUGCUGUCGGCUACAAAGGGCAUUACGUCGCACAAGAUCUACAAUGAGAUUGUCACCAUCACUAGGAAUGUCAGCAAGAUAAGCUCUGUGCCUGGACCUGAUGAAACACUGCGCUUGAAAGCUUUGAAUAUGAUGGGGAAGAUAAGGAAGUACUGGAAUCCAUUUGUUGAAGAACCUGAGUCUGAGAGCAAUAAGUCUAAGAGCUGUAAGAUGAAUAAGCUUUUGAUUGUUGCUACUGUCUUUGACACAAGAAAGAAGAUGAACUUUGCUAACCUCUGCUUUGAGAAGCUCUACGGAAAAGAAAGCAUCGAGUAUACUCUGCUUUCUGAAUCAAUAAUGGACAUCCUGAAGCGCUUAUAUGAAGAGUACACUCUUAGAUACAACACAAGUGGUGGAGGAUCAGGUGGCUCGCAGUCGCAAGGAGGAUCAUCUUCUCAAACCCAAACUCAAGACAGUGGUGCAGUUUUCCAGAGUCAAGUUGUAGGCAGUGGUAUUGGAUACGAAAGAAUGGAUAAUCUCUACGAGGAGCUUGUACAAGAAACAGGUACACAAGAUUCUAGUAAUGAGUUAGAAGUUUAUUUGAGAGAGAAAGUAGAGGUUACAAAGAGUGGUACUGGACUUGGAACCGAGUUUGAUGUUUUAUCGUGGUGGAGAAGAAACAGUGUGAAGUUCCCGAUCUUCUCUCAGAUAGCUGCUGAUAUUCUUGCGGUUCAAGCAUCAUCUGUAGCAUCAGAGAGUGCAUUUAGCACUAGUGGGAGAGUCUUAGACCCGUACAGGAGCUGCUUAACUCACUUCAUGGUUGAGGUAUUGGUGUGCACAGAACAAUGGUUGAAGUCCGAGAUUCACAUCAAUGAGAAAGACAUUCUUACAAUAGAGCAGUUACUUUCAGAUGUGGAAACUCAAGAUGAUCUUCUGAGAGAGUUUGAAGCUGGAUGCAAUUUAGAAUAA